ACAAAAGAAAGAAAAAGAACACAACAAGAGAGAGAAAGUUACCGUCAUCCUCUCUCUCUCUAACUUUCUCUUCCUUAAUCUAUCUCGCUAUCACACACGGAAUCAACGCAUUGAUUUUCUCUCUCUCACACUCUCACACACACAUUGGUGUUUGUGUCGGUUGCGAACUUCGACUCACGCGCACGCUAGCCUAGUUGCUUCCGCUGCUCAUGGAUUUCGACUAGCAUUGCGCCGUAAACCCUCGCUAGCUCACUUUCCAACCAGAUCGAAGUUUCUUUUCGUUCUCCUAUCCGCAAUGGCGCCGAAGCGAGCCAAGGGAUCGUGUUUUCCCGUCCUCGCUUUCGUUCUCCUCUGCGUUCUCGCGCCGCCGCUUUUCUUCCUCGCUCGGGGGCUCUACACUGCGGAUCAUGAUUAUAUUUCAGAUGUUCCCAGUAAACAGGUUAGCAAAUGGAGAGAAUGGCAGGCAUUGCAAGACCUUAAAUCCAUUUUUUCGGAAGAGGUUCUUGAUGUUAUUGCAUCCAGCACAAAUGAUAUGGGGCCUUUCAGUCUUGACAAUUUCAAAAAAAAUUUGUCUGCUUCAUGGAGAGUUGUUGGAUUAGAAACUGCAAACACUAGAUUUGAGCUAAACCAACCUACAACACAUGCUAGACAAGAAAAGCUAAAGGUGAAGGAAGGCAGACCUUCAGUUGGCCUUGCUCAGUGGACUGAUACUCCGGCUCAGCAAACCCGAAGGCAUUUAAUAGAGAAAAGGCGGGAAAAACGUGCUGCCGAGUUGGUAAAAAUGGAUAAUGAAGUAACUGUAAAGCUUGAAAAUGCUGCCAUUGAACGCUCAAAAUCUGUUGAGUCAGCUGUUCUAGGUAAAUACAGUAUUUGGAGGAAAGAAAUGGAGAAUGAAAAUGGUGAUUCUACUGUUCGGUUAAUGCGGGAUCAGAUCAUUAUGGCUAGGGUAUAUUUAAGCAUUUCAAAGAUGAAGAACAAGGUUGAACUGUAUCAAGAACUAAAUUCCCGGGUCAAAGAGAGUCAACGGGCUUUAGGUGAUACAAUUUCCGAUGCAGAUCUACAUCACAGUGCGCAUGAGAAAAUAAAGGCUAUGGGUCAAGUUCUCUCAAAAGCAAGAGAGCUAUUGUAUGACUGCAAGUUGGUCACUGGAAAACUAAGAGCAAUGCUACAAACAGCUGAUGAGCAAGUUAGGAGUUUGAAGAAACAGAGCACAUUCCUCAGUCAGUUGGCUGCUAAGACCAUACCAAAUGGAAUUCAUUGCUUAUCUAUGCGCCUUACCAUAGAUUACCACCUCCUUCCUCCUGAAAAGAGAAAGUUCCCUAGGAGUGAGAAUUUGGAGAAUCCCACUCUUUAUCAUUAUGCACUGUUUUCGGACAAUGUCUUGGCUGCGUCUGUUGUUGUCAACUCAACUAUUACGAAUGCAAAGGAUCCUUCCAAACAUGUUUUUCACCUUGUUACUGAUAAACUAAAUUUUGGAGCCAUGAACAUGUGGUUUCUUUUGAACCCUCCUGGAAAAGCUACAAUCCAUGUUGAAAAUGUUGAUGAUUUUAAGUGGUUGAAUUCAUCCUACUGCCCAGUCUUGCGGCAGCUUGAAUCUUCUACUAUGAAAGAGUAUUAUUUCAAGGCGGGCCAUCCAACCACACUUUCUUCCAGCGCUUCCAAUCUGAAGUAUAGAAAUCCAAAAUAUCUCUCGAUGCUCAACCAUCUGAGAUUCUAUCUUCCACAAGUCUAUCCAAAAUUGGAUAAAAUCCUAUUUCUUGAUGAUGACAUUGUUGUUCAGAAGGAUUUGACUGGAUUAUGGAGUGUGGAUCUUAAUGGGAAAGUAAAUGGUGCAGUUGAAACUUGUGGUGAGAGCUUUCACCGAUUUGACAAGUACCUUAACUUUUCAAAUCCGCAUAUUGCAAGAAGUUUUGAUCCAAAUGCUUGUGGUUGGGCAUACGGGAUGAACAUAUUUGAUCUGAAGGAGUGGAAAAAGAAGGACAUUACAGGCAUUUAUCACAAGUGGCAGAAUAUGAAUGAAGACAGGGUGCUGUGGAAGCUAGGGACAUUACCUCCAGGGCUAAUGACAUUCUAUGGUCUGACGCAUCCGCUAGACAAAUCAUGGCAUGUACUUGGUUUGGGUUAUAAUCCUAGUGUAGAUCGAUCAGAGAUUGAUAAUGCAGCAGUUGUACACUACAAUGGUAAUAUGAAGCCAUGGUUAGAAAUCGCAAUGACGAAGUAUCGGUCUUACUGGACCAAAUAUGUCAAGUACAGUCAUCCCUAUCUUCGGAACUGUAAGCUAAAUGAAUAGUGCUGAUAAUUUGGUCCCUAGUACAGAGAAGGAUUCUCUCUAUUUUCUCCAGCCUUCCCCCACUUUCUCUCACCUUCUGGCUUGGCUAUUUCAACUACAGUCUCUUGCUAGAACGAUAAUCAAUGUCUUGGGGCUUAGAAGGGAUAGGGUCAGCCCUUGUUCUAUAUUUGACCCCAACAUCGUCUCUUUCCCAAAUCGAUUUUUACUUUCAAUUCAUUUAAUUUGUUACUACACCACUCACCCAUUUGAAACAAGGUACAAAAGUAGUAUACCUUGUUUACCAUAAAAACUCCUCAUUGUACAAUACUCUAUUGGCCCCAGACAAGACUAGAAAUUAAAUAUCAUAUCUCUGUAUUCUGAGAGGUAAUUUGUUCGGUUUUGAGAGCUUUUGUUAUUUGGUUGUAUUGAUGUUGUCUCUCAAAACAUGGGAGUUAAGAAUAUUUGUCUGGUUAUUUUCUAAUCCUUUGCCUUUUA